UCGGGCGGCAAUGCAACGACUUGCCAAGCCUGGCUGGUCUUGCCAGUAACAACCCAUUUCAAGUGCGGAUGAAUUAGUGCAAUAACGGCAACAAUUGCUUCUGCUGCACCCUUGAGUUUGGUGUAAUUGUUUACUCCUUACGUUCAAAAAAUGGAUAUCGACGACGAAGACGAUUUUUACGCUCCCGAAGAGCCACAGGCCCCUGCUGCGCAGCCGACUCCCCCCGCACCAUCAGCACCCGCGAAGAAGGAUGCGAAUGACGAGCUCGAAGAGGGCGAGGAGGAAGAUGAAGGCGGGGCGAUGGACGAGGAUGACGACUCGGUGCGUACCGUAGUUCUACUGGCAUACAUUCGUUCGUAUCUGCUGACACAAGAUCAGGAUAUUGACAUCAUCACCGAGCGCAAGGACGGCUCCAAACCCGCGCCUGCCCCACAAUCACGCUACAGCGAGAUCAAAAACAUCCCGCAGCGCUCCGCCUCCUCCGACGGGACGACCAAACCGGCCCCGGUAAAACGCGAGUCCCCCCGCCAACAAGCCGCCACCACGGCCGACUACCCGCCCGUGUCCACCUCCAAGAUCGACGUCAACGCGAUCCCGAUCCACAAGCCCUCGGGCAAGCCGAUCACACAGGUCAACAUCGACGAGGACCUGCCGGCGGACAACGACAAGCCGUGGCGCAAGCCGGGCACCGACCUGUCGGACUACUUCAACUACGGCUUCGACGAGUUCACGUGGGCGCUGUACGCGCAGAAGCAGGAGGCCCUGCGCGCCGAGUACAACCCGGAGGCGAUCGCGCAGAGCAACAAGAAGAUGAUGGAGGACAUGACGAACAUGAUGAUGAUGAGCGGCAUCCCCAUGCCCGGCGCCGCGCCGCCGGGCGCUGCGGGCGGGGCCGCCGCCGGGCAGCCGAUGCCCGGCAUGGAGGGCGUCUCGCCCGAGCUGCAGGCUAUGAUGCAGCAGAUGAUGGCCAGCGGCAUGGAUCCGAGCCAGAUGGAUAUGAGCGCCAUGGCCGGCAUGUUUGGCGGCGCGGGCGCGGGCGCGGGCGCGGGGCAGGCCGGGCAGGGGCCGGGCUUCGGCGGUGGGUAUGGCGGCGCUCAGGGGCAGGGGUAUGGGUAUGACCAGCAGAUGGGAGGUGGUGGCGGUGGGGGAGGACGAGGCGGAAGGGGACGGGGAAGGAGGUGGUAAUCUACACUAUAGGUCCUGCAGGCUAGACGGAUGAUGUUUGAGGAGGCCACAAUCGAUACCCUUGAAUCACACGGCAGUGGGAGUCGGUCUAUGGUUGCUACCAUACAGUGAGACGGCACGGUGGGUGUCUGUCAGCCCGCUCCCCGGACGACCGUAAACUUCCGCUCAAAAACGCAACAAACUCGAUAGGCUGGGUAUCGUUCGAGUGUCCUUGAACACGCCCUUAU